GAAUCUCAAAUAAAAUGACGAUUCAUUCAUUUCAACAGUAAGUGCCGUGGAACACUCUCGUGUCGUUUUCUUCUCGUGUCUUAUCGUGUUUCUUUUACUGUUUAUUGAAUCUCUCAUCAAUACAAUGAGAUUGAUCGGAAUCGUAUAUUUGCUAUUUUUUUGCGGUCUUGAUGCGGCGCCGGCGGAUGUGACCACCGAGCUAAGUACACUCAUGAGGAGAAUAAUAUGGACCAGCCGAAAUGGGUCGAACAACACUGCAUUCAAUCCUGAUGUCAUUCUCAACACACCGGAGAUCAUAAAAAAGGCGGGUUAUCCCGCGGAAGCUCACGUUGUAAUGACGGAGGACGGCUAUCUUUUGACGUUACAUCGUAUCCCAGGUGGCAACGGUUCUGUACCGGUAUUCCUGCAGCACGGCAUUCUAGGCAGCUCCGCCGAUUGGGUUAUUCUUGGCAAAGGCAAAGCACUCGCUUACCUAUUAGCGGAUCAGGGAUACGAUGUUUGGUUAGGCAAUUUCCGUGGUAAUACCUAUUCCAAGGCGCAUAUUUCCCUAUCGCCAUCGAACUCAACAUUUUGGGACUUUAGCUUUAACGAACUGGGCAUCUACGAUUUACCCGCGAUGAUUACAUUUAUUACAAAUACAAAAUCGCAACCACUACAUACGUACAUUGGUCAUUCAAUGGGCACAACAACUUUUUAUGUAAUGGCAUCGGUGCAUCCGGAAAUCACUCGAAUGGUGCAAAUAAUGAUCAGCCUCGCGCCAACGGCCUUUAUAAACCAUAUGAAAAGUCCUAUACGAUACUUGGUUCCCUUUUGGAAGAUGUUUCAGAAAAUGACACAAUUCUUCUUUCAUGGUGAAUUUCUGCGAAGCGAUUUUUUGAGAUUUUUUACGAAAUACGGCUGCGGCCGGGGUUUCGGCAAGAAGAUUUGCGCCCACGCCAUGUUUCUGAUGUUUGGUUAUGACUACGAGCAGUUUAAUUACACUCUGGAACCUGUCAUCUUGGGUCACGAUCCUGCCGGCACCUCGGCUAAGACGUUGGCGCAUUACACUCAGAUAUUCCAAUCGGGCAAGUUUCGCCAAUACGAUUACGGUCGCGCGAAAAAUCAAUUGAUUUAUAAUUCGACGGAACCUCCAGACUAUAAUCUAGCAAAUAUCACGAUACCAGUCGCGUUGCUCUACUCCAAAAAUGAUUGGUUGAUCAGCACAGAGGAUGUGAGGAGAUUGUACCAUUCACUGCCCAACGUAGUGGAUAUGUAUGAAGUGCCGUGGUCCAAUUUCAAUCACAUAGACUUUUUAUGGGCCAAGGAUGCGCCAAAACUCGUAUACGAGAGAGUUCUCAAACUCAUGAGAAAUGAGAAACCGAGUAAUCUUACAUCGGUGGAAUAAUAUUACGUCAUCAAUCAAUAUAAAAGAUGAAUGUUACGUGUUAAACUUUUAAACAUGGAUACGAUUAAUGACAACUGGAAUCGUUAUUUCAAUGAAACGUGAACUUUUAAUAUUUUAUCUAUAAUUAAUAAUCUUAUCUAUAAUUAAUGCCGAGGCAAAUUAGAAUGAUACACGCGUUUUUAAACAAUUGUUCCAACGAAUAAUGAAUUAUUGCGAUGGAUCGUAAGAAUAGCUGCACACCAGAAAAAUAUGACAAAUACAUAUAAAUUGCGAUAUGUCAAUAUAAGGGAGGAAAGAUGUUGAAUAAACAAUUAUAAUAUCUAAA